CCUUUUCAUACGUUGAUUGGAUUUCGUUUGGUUUGUUUGAGCUGCGCGAUAAUCAUUUGUAGUUUAUUCGCAACGUGAAUAGCAAAAGAAUAAAUUUAGGUAUAAAAUUAUUUGUGAUUACCUUAAGGCGAAGUUAAAUCAUAUAAAUAAUGUGCAAAAAAAUUGUAGUAUAAAUUCAAAAACAUCGUUUUCAAACGUACUUCUGUAUAUACCAAAAUCUGCACGGUAGUAAAUGUAUAACGCGAACAAGUGCAAGUGCCAUACAAGCAAAUAUUUUCCUUUCGCAAUAAGUUUUCCGCUUGCUGUUAAAAAAGAAACGUUCUAUUCCAUAUUCAGUGAUUACAAUUAGCUUAAAAGCAACAAAUUUUUUGUGUGCAAGUGUGCAAUAGGUAAAUACGGAAGUCAACAAAUAGCGAAAAAGCUAAGUGGAAGUCAGACAAAGAAAAUAAAUAAAUUUUGCAGUGUGUGUGUGGGAAACGAAUAAAUCGGGAAUUUGUGAACGUUCUAGUGAAUAUUCAUACAACUACAUUGAUGGAGUUUGAAAACACCCAGUUUUUAGAAGCAGCGGCGGAAACAACAUCAGCUACAGCAGCCGCAGCGUCAGCAACAACUACAACUAUAGCAAAAGAUCUCACUGUCACUGAGCACAUGCAAUCCGGUUCCGGCCGCUUAAUGUCCAAUGGCAAUGAAAUGACAACGGUAGGCUCGCAGACAGCGACCAACGCGGCUACUUUGGAAAAUAAACAAAACCCCCCGAAAAUGCAGAAGCAGGCAAUGUCUGCCGAUGAGAGAAAUGCAACAAAACGAUCUCUAGUCAUACUGGCCGCGAUCUUUAUUACGAGUUUAUUCGCUAUGGCCUACGUAUACAUGAUAUUUCCCGAAUUGGAUGAAUCGGAAAAGCAACAUAUUAAAAUACCACGUGAUAUUCAAGAUGCUAAAAUGCUAGCCAAAGUUUUGGACCGGUACAAGGACAUGUACUACUUCGAAGUGAUGUUUGGCGUAGUCACCGCUUAUGUAUUCCUACAAACAUUUGCCAUUCCAGGAUCAUUAUUUCUAUCCAUUCUAUUGGGAUUCCUUUACAAGUUCCCCAUCGCUCUCUUCCUCAUUUGCUUCUGUUCCUCGCUGGGUGCAACACUUUGCUACAGCCUUUCCAAUUUGGUUGGCCGUCGACUGAUUCGUCACUUCUGGCCGAAGAAGACAAGCGAAUGGUCAAAGCAUGUGGAGAAGCAUCGGGACAGUCUGCUCAACUAUAUGCUCUUCCUACGCAUGACGCCCAUCUUGCCGAAUUGGUUCAUCAACUUAGCAUCGCCCGUGAUCGGCGUGCCCGUAUACACCUUCGCUUUGGGCACCUUCUUCGGUGUGGCACCACCCUCUAUCGUCGCCAUACAGGCAGGUAAAACAUUGCAAAAGAUGACUAGCUCCAGCGAGGCAUUCUCAUGGACAUCGAUGGGAUUGCUGUCCAUAUGCGCACUCGUCUCACUACUGCCUGGACUACUGAAGGAAAAGCUGAAAAAGAAGAUCGAGUAAAGCGUUUAGCUGAGCGAGCUGGCUCGAUGGGCGGCGGGCUGACCGGAGCGUGUCUGGAUUGCUCACCGCCAAAGGUUAUACAACUGGGGAUUUUUGUGUUAUUUGGUUGAUUGUCGAUUGUUUUAAGUGUGCUGCGUUCUUCAUAUUGUACGAUUAAGAUAAGAAAAUAAUAGAACAGCAAAGAAAAAUAGAUGGCUGUAUGUAGAUGUAGAUGCCCAUGAGGAUGUUUGAUGUGUACCAAUUAUUUGCUUUUUUAUAUACAUAUAAAAUAAAAGAUAUACAUACAUAUUUAUCCGAAUUAGCGCUCUGUACACACACACACACACACCCACUUACAUACAAUGAAUUUUACAUAGGAGUAAAUGUACAGCUGAACUGUAUGGUUUGAUAUUACAUGAAGGUGCAUAUGCAUAAGUAUAUGCAUGUAGAGUAGAAUGGGGUAAGAUAGGUCAUUUUUUUUUGGAGAGCUCUUGCUACGGUGUUUUUGCAUUGGUUUUGAAAAAUAAGCAAGAUUUUGAAAGGUUAUUUAUCUGCUAACAUUUUGGUUAUACUGACUUAUGUUUGGCUAAAUAUUUUUAGGAAGCUGCAUUCAAUAAGACAAAGGUACUUUUUUCGAUAUUUUCAAAAUCGGGGGGCACGAUAGGUCACUAUGUGUGAGAGGAAAAGAACAAUGUACAUGGCUUGGAAAUUAACGUUUUAACUUUUAUUUAUAGAGUAUGAACACUGCACAUGUUAUAAAAGUUAGGAAUUUUUCUUUAAUUCAUCACGCGAGCACGUAAUGUUUCGAACGGAAUUUUAAAUUGUUUAGAGGCUGAUCGAACACUAGCGCCAUCUCGGACUGCCGCGAUUGCGUUUUUUACAUCCUCUUCAUUUCGUUUCGGCGUUUUUCGCACAUAAUUACGCACCAUUUUGCUGCAAAAACAAUUAAAAUUUAUUUUAUUCAAUUAAAAGUAGUGACCUAUAAUGCCCCCAGACGGCUGACCUAUAGUGCCCCCAAGCACAUGUUUUAUGUUAGUGUCGAUAUUUUUUUUUUAAACAAUAAUAUCAAAAAACUAACACAUUAUUCGUGUUCAGCAUUAUUUUCUACGUAAAAUAAAACUCACCUGACAAAUAUUUACAUACAUUAAAUGCACUGCACCGUAGAAUAAAAAAAAUGCUAUGUCGGAGAAAAGCUCACAAAAAACUAAACGACGCCAGAACUAGGAUAACUAAUGAAUGGUGACGGCCGAAAUAACAGUCGCAAACGUUGUUCCCCACCACGUAUUCAAUUCACAUAAGACGAGUGACCUCUGCAAAAACAGUGCGACGAAAACCCCACCUACCUAUUGUGCCCCCAUACCUAUCUUACCCCAUUCUACUCUACGUAUGUGUGUUUGUUGUAAUAUUCCAAUGAUAAUUUUAGCUGCUAUCUAGUUUAAGUUAGUUCAAAUUAAAUGAAUUUAUUUGCUUGACUCCAAACCAUGCAAAUUCUAGUACAUACACAGCUUUGCAGUAUUCGAAUUAAUUUUAUUUUCGCUCGUUUGUUGAAUGAAUUAUCUGAAUUGCUCUAGAUUAGAUUUACUUAUUUGCUAUGCUUAACAUCUCUUUCCAAUGCUUAGCGGUAUAAUGCACUAAGAAUUAAAAAAAAAAACUGAAAUAAUAAAGCACGAAUACCCAAUAAAGUUUGCCUAUAUGUGGAAUGUUUUUCCCCUCCAAUAUCACUGUAAUGUAAAGCAAAAAACAAAAACUUCAAACAGAUGUUGUAACUGUAAAUAUGUAGAUAAGUUAAAAAAUGCCUCCUGUGCACCUUUAGAAAUGCCAUAAAUAGUUGGAUUAUCACACGGAUGUGUUAAAAUUUAAUGUAUAGCUCUCUCAGAGUUGAGGAGUACGCGGGCUAAUGAAAAAUUAACUGAAAACCAUUUUUCUGCAUUGCAAAUUCCAUUUGAAUGAGUUAAGUGAUUCAAGUUUGUAUUAAUAGCGAAAUAAAAAAGCUAUAAACCACUUUAGACAUAAAAUUAAUAAAUAAAUAAAAAUUGUACGGCUUUAAUAAAAAGUAUGA